AUUUAUUGAUGACUGCUAUAUCGCAAUUAACCGAAAUGAAGAAGAAUAACCUCCGUGGCUACUACAUAGAUAGCGACGGAGACGAGAUCAUCAUCAGUGAUGAUGAGGACUAUGACUCCGCUAUUGAAUAUGUCAAGAACAAACGCAAUCGUGGAGUUCAGUUUGGACUAUGAAAAAGACAACAUGAUGACUCUGAAAACCCAUAUGGGGUGUCAAAGUUUUUCAGAGAUUCUCUAUCAUUUUCUCAGAAUUAUGACCAACCUGCUAUUGUUCAUGAGAAGGUAAAGAAAUUACAGUUUGGAGAUGCCUCCAGUCGUGAUUCAUCAGAUGAAGAUGUGUCUGAUGAUGGUAUCGAAGAGCUGGAGAUCAAGGCUCGGGAGGCUUCACAACAACGAGAUGACUUCGAUAAGCUAUUGAACCUAAAUCUUAAGGAAACUGUUAGUGAAGAGGCAUCCUUUAUAUUCCCUUCUGAGUCAAAUGAAGAGUCUUUGUCCCAAAUAGAUUAUUUCCAUCAGAUAGAAGAUGCUGAAAGUAUCGAGAGCUAUGACUGCCAACUAGAGAAGAAGGUCUCAGGGGUCUCUAACCUCUCAGAAGGUCUAUGUGAAGACUUUGAAUUGAUUCCUUCUAAACUACACUCCUAUCACCUCAAAGAGGAGAGGAAUAAAUCUGAUUUUGAAUCUGAACCUGAAGAUUUGAAGGAAAGUUUUGAAGCCUCCCAACAAUUUUAUAAAAAGAUUGUCGACUCCUUGCAUAAGCCUAAUGAUGAGGCCAAAGAAAUCCCAGAAAAGCCUAAAGAUGAGUAUUCUGGAGAGUUCAAUCUUGUUGAAUCAAGCCAGAUUUUGGAGAACCAAAAUCCAGCAGAAGAGAAUGAUAUUGAACAACCUCUUAUUAUGAAGGGAAAAAGUACCUUAAAAGAACCGGUGGAUGAUGAAAAAAUAGUACCUAAAGAAGAUAUCAAAAAAGAGGCUAAUGAAGAACUUAAAAACCAUUCAGACCAUAAAGAAGAGCUUAAAGGUGAACCAAGGGAUGACGUGGCUGUCUCAGUGGCACAGGCCACAAUCUUAAAAGAAGAUCACCAAAGAAAAUCAACCUAUCUUAAAAGAGCACUUGAAAGUCUCAAAUUUGCUUUUAGUGAUCCUAAGAAGAAACUGGAAAUUGCUGAUAUUGAUGACUGUGAGGAGGAGAAAUCCCAAGAAUAUGUUAUCACAGCUAAGCCAGGACAGAUAAUUAAGAAGCGAUGGAGGCUGAUUAAUAAUUCUAACAUCCGUUGGCCUAAGAAUACCACUCUGAAAUGUCAAGCAAAGGAUGCUAUUGUAGACCUACCAGAGAUCUCAAAGCCGCUCCAGCCAGGGCAGAGAAUGGAUAUCUCGGUGAAUAUCCAUAUCAGCCCAGAUAUCUCAUCUAAUGAAGUACAGGUCUUCAUAUUCAGGCUCCAUAAUAGGAUUUAUGGCUACUACGGAGUAGCCUUAGUGGCUACUGUAGAAGUCACGCCUAGUUAUAACUCUAAAAUUUGGUUGAAUAACUCCCAAGAGUCAUUCGAGGAGCUUAUCCACCAAGUCGAUGAUGCAGAGUGCGUGCUCUAUGGCAUAGCUAAUGACUUCGUAGAGGAAGGGUUGGGUAAUUUUGAGAAAUGUCUCCAAGCUCUUACUCAAUGUCAAGGGAACUACGAAGAAGCCAGAAAUUGGUUGGUCAAGGAAAACAAAUAAGUUACAUAUUUUUAGUUAAUUUGCAUUUAUUUGGAUAUCAGAUAAUUCA